GGAAGGGACGGUGUCACCGAGCUUGUCUAUAGUGCGUGAUAUCGACAAAAAAACAUUUUCAAGUUCAAAAGAUGCAAAGAGUACUGUUUGUAGCCCUUUUGGGAUGGAUUCAACUGGCUGCAACACAAGCUACGAAGUGUAACGGCCAUGAGGGACUAUGCAACCUCAGAUUCAACCAAGUCACAUUUGCAGGAACUCACAACUCUGGUGCAAAUAGAGUCAUGAAGUACGAUGCAAAGAUUUUCAUGGUUCCUGCUGGGUCCUGUUGGUACAGGAACCAGGAUUAUACUUUCCCAGGACAGUUAGAUUUUGGGAUCCGCUUUUUCGACAUUGAUACUUGCUCGAAAGGAGGAAAGGCAUGGACAUGUCACAGUGACGGUUAUGGACAGCCAUUGUCAGAGGUAAUAAGAGACAUAGCAAACUGGUUGAAUCACCCAGCACACAGGAACGAGGUGAUUGCCAUACGGUUCCAUGACCACAAGGGAAUCUCGGGCUUCGACAAGUUUGCACCACUCUUCCGAGAGCACUUCUCUGGAAAGGGCGGAAAGGUCGACGCCUAUCCGUCUACCAACAAAUGGCCAACUCUCGGAGAAGCCGUGGCACAAAAUAAGCGAGUGUUCAUUUUCAUGAGAGACGGGCUUUGUAACGCCAAUUGUAGGAGAUCGAAUCGAUACAUUCGACCGGCUUCAUACGCCGACACUUGGAUAGAACGAAAGCUCACAUCUAAGUGCAAUGGCAUGGUAGAAGAUACACGAAAGAAGUGUGAAAACGAAUACCGGGAUCUGAUCAUAGUAUCAGCAUUUGCUUCAGUUGGCCUCUGUAAUAGUGACUUGCAGAAAAAGUGUAACCCCUACAUCAGGCCCAGUGCCAUGGCCUGCUACAAUGAAAGGAAAAAGAAAGGAAAAACUGUCACCUUCUUGAUAGCAGAUUAUGUCAACCAAGCCAGGAGUAAUGAUGAUGUCGUCACUGUCGCAAGGGAACUUAAUGAAUUGAACAUGCGAAACAAGCGGUCUAUUUAAUUGUGUGAUUAUCUGAAAAUUUGAAUGUCAUCUCGGGGCUGGCCAAUAAAUUCUAUA